GUUAAUCACUGCGUGAAGUUGUACGUGCAGAAGAUCGUGGCGAUAACAAAACUUCGUUUGUUAUUCAUUAGAUAUUUUGGUUUUGUUCUUCACUUUUUUGUGAAUUUACAUGAAUUCACUCCGUCAUUUAAACAUGAGGGACGUGGACAAGACGACUCUCCAGAAGCAGAAACUGCCGUGUUUCAUUAUCACAGGUAAAAGGCUUUCUGGCAGACCUUCUGGAGCUUCUUCAUCAGAGAUUGGACAGAAGACAGCUAGAACUUCCUUCUUGCCUGAGAUUGUGCAGAAAUCGGCUUCAGAUGGAAGACCUGCAGGCCGUCGAGGGCUGAGAGCUCCUUCAGAUUUGACUGUCCUGUCAGAGGGAAAUCAGAGGGACUCUCCAUGUAAGCCUGGCAGGACCAACACAUUCCUUCCACCUUUAUCUCGGCUGCACAGUCUUGCCGGUCAACCAGCCCGGGUGGACAAAUCUUCAUUCAAAAGAAGCAAAAGCAUGCUUAGGAUCCCUGACAACAUGUCUGUUUUAAAACCAUUGUGUGUUUCCAUUGAGCCUAUCACCCGCCCACAGAAAACAGGCAAUGCUUUUACGGAGAGACCACGGCUGCCCAGUCUUGUGAGUCAACCAGUCAGUUUGGACGACUCUAUAUUCAAAAGAAGUAAAACCAUCUGGAGGAUGCCUGACAACAUGUCUGUUUUGGAACCAUCGUGUGUUGCUAUCAAGCCUGUCCCUCGCCCUAAGAAAACAGGCAAUGCUUUUACGGAGAGUCCACGGCUGCCCAGUCUUGUGAGUCAACCAUUCAGUGUGGACGACUCUACAUUCAAAACAAGUAAAACCAUCGGGAGGAUGCCUGACAACAUGUCUGUUUUGGAACCAUCGUGUGUUGCUAUCAAGCCUGUCCCUCGCCCUAAGAAAACAGGCAAUGCUUUGCAGAGACCAGGCUGCAGUGCCUAUCCAUGUCAUGACAUCUCAUCAGAUCGACAGACUGUCCUAAAGACCACAAGAAGAAAGGAAAUCAUAUUUUGUUGGACAUAAUUUUUGUCUUUUCUGUAUUUAAGAUUUAAGAUUAACCCGACUGCUCUGGAUUAAAAAAUCUUGUUUGCAUCAAAACAAGUUUACUGUGCAUCAUAAAAAUCUUGUGUGCAUCAAAAACAGUUUACUGUGCAUUAAAAAGCUUGUGUGCAUCAAUAAAGUUGCACUCUUUGUAAUAAAGACCUUUCAAGAA